CUGCUGAAAUGGGUUGUGGAUUGAACAAACUAGAGAAGCAUGAUGAAAAACGACCUGGUAAUAUCUAUUCAACUUUGAAGAGGCCCCAGGUAGAAACCAAGAUAGAUGUUUGCUACGAAUAUCGAUUCUUGGACUUCACAACACUAAAUGAUACUGAGCUGCCAGGAUCAUCUGCAAUCAAGCUCUCCUCCUUGUGUGAUCUUCCAGCUCAGCUGCAAGAAUUGUACCAGCAGGGCUUUGUCUUGGCUGCUGUCCACCCUUUUGUGCAACCAACUGAUGAAAAAGAGAAAACUCCCCAGGAACAAAUCUUCAGGGCUGUGCUUAUCAAGAAAACAGAAAGGUCUCCAAAAAGUGACAUCAGUAGUGAAGGAUAUGUCUUGGAGGUAGAGUGCUGCUCCUCUUUAAACCACCUUUCAGAGAAAAAGGACAUAUCUGAUUUUAUUAAAAAAAUUCAAGAUGCUGCAAGUCAAGGCUUGAAAUUUGUUGGAAUUAUACCUCAGUACCAUUCCCAAAAGAACUGUCUUGUCAGCGCCUCCCUGACACCUGCCAGUAACAACUCUGUGCAAUCAAGAGAUAAUAAAAAUGUUUCAAAUUACCCCGAGGAUCAUGCUUCACCGGAUGGCGAGAAAAUAGAUGGCAUUAAUGGAUGCAGUACUCCAGCACAGAGUGAGGAAAGUGCUGACCAAUGUGCCACAUCCAGAGAGGGCUGCAGAGGUGAAGGACAGGCUACUGAAGAGCUGAAUCUCAAGUCUGCGAAAGGAAACGAGGAGCAGUUUCAACAUGCGAACCCGAGCACAAGGGAAGCAGCAGACAAGACAAAUGGACUUGCAGAGAAUGAAACACCAGCACGAUGCUUAAAGCCACUUACUGGCAAACCAGAGAUCAUCGCUCUCUUCAACAAGCCAAAAACCCCACAAAAGUGCAGCCAGUAUUAUACAGUGACUAUCCCUAUGAGGAUCUCCAGGAAUGGGCAGACUGUCAACAGCUUAGAAGCAAAUUGGCUGGAGCACAUGACAGAUCACUUCAGGAAAGGAGGCUCAUUGGUAAAUGCCAUCUUCAGCCUUGGAAUGGUAAAUGAUUCCUUACAUGGGACAAUGGAUGGAGUAUUUCUCUUUGAAGAUGUUGCUGUGGAAGACAGUAAAACCAUACAGGGCUAUGAUGCAAUUGUUGUAGAGCAGUGGACUGUCUUGAAGGGAGCUGAAGUGCAGACAGAUUACAUUCCGCUGCUGAAUUCCCUUGCCAUGUACGGCUGGCAGCUGACGUGUGUGCUUCCUACUCCCAUUGUGAAGACAAACAGGGAGGGGAAUUUAUCAACAAAGCAAAUUGUAUUUCUUCAGAGACCUUCUUUGCCCCAGAAAGCAAAGAAGAAAGAAUCUAAGUUUCACUGGAGAUUCUCCAAAGAAGACAUGCACAACAGGAAAAUAAAGAAUUCCACAAAAGCUAAAUUAAGUACAAGGGAGAAGCAAAGGGCAGAGGAAAAGCAGGAAUUUGAAGUCACAGAGAACACGAGAAACUUGGAAGCACAAAUCUCAACAGCAGCCAAGCCUGAUCCAGAGCAGCAGCUGGAUGAUGUCAUAGACUUGGGAGACCAGGUAGCUGGGACCAACGACACAGGUACCCAUCACAACAGAGCAUCAGAAGAAACAUGUCCUGCCAGUUGUGAUGUGGAUGACAAUGCUGGGCAGUUCUGCCACAGCCAGAGUACACCUGGCUGUGAUGUGGAUCAGGCAACAGAGGGAGGAGACUCUGUGCCAGUGUCGGACGGCUGCGAUGGCAGCGAUGGGGCAGGGCUGGACGUGGACUGCGCCUGUGAAUAA